AUGUCUCCCAUCGGCCAGAUUUUGGUCUGCGUGCUGGGUUGGGCGCAAGCUGUGCGGAGUCAGAGAUGCAAUACACUACCACAAAAUGAAUAUGCUCAGGCUUCACCAAGCAGUCAAGGCUUUGACUCUGCGAAACUGCAAGAUGCGUUGAACUACGCCUCGGUCAUGGGAUCGUCUUCGAUCAAAGUCUUCCGACACGGCUGUCUUGUUGGCUCAGGACUGCGCGAUCCUCUCCUCGAAAGAGUACCAGAACUCAACGCGGGCCAGACCAAGACCGUUAUCGCCUUGCUGGCCGGAAUUGUGGCAGGUCGAGGUUGGGUCGAUAUUGAUGCGCCCAUCGAUCAAUAUGUCGAGCCUGGCUUGGGGGAUGCUGCUCACAGGAAUCGAACUCUGCGAAACUUCAUGAACUUGGUCGCCGGCCAGAGAGUCAACCACGUCACGGGACUCAAUCUCUUCGCCGAUAUUUCUCGCUAUCGCGAAUACUUCUCCACAGAGCUACUCCGACCUGCUGGAGAGUAUUACGAGUUCGAUGAGAUUACCCCUUCGGUGGUUACUCCUAUCUUGGAACGCCAGGUCCAGCUCAACACGGGCACCAACGUAGAUUUCCAGGAUUUUGCUCAGACGGAGCUGUUCAACAAGCUGGGAAUUCCACGCUCAGCUUAUUUUUGGCAAAAAGAUCGCGCUGGUGACACCACAGGAUACUCCGGACUAUGGCUUAGGCCACUGGAGUACGGGCGCCUUGGCUUACUGAUGCUCAACGAGGGAGCUUUUGGCGGUCGUCAGAUUGUGCCCGCCGACUUCAUCCGCCAGAUGAGGCAGGGCACCACCGCGAACUGCGGGUUUGGUGUCUACGCCUGGCUCAACAGCUGCAAAUCUGGCGAGCAACAAGUCAAUACGGACUAUCUCACCAGGAGGCUGUAUCCAGGUGAAGCUUGGGUCCAAAGCGCGCCUUCUGAUAUGUUCUACAGCCUAGGUCUCGGGACCAACACGUUUGUCAUUCCUAGUCUUGACAUGGUUGUGAGUCGAGCGGGUUAUCAAGAGCUUGAUACAAUUCCAGGUGCCCUGAACCUGGACUUACACGGCGCGUUCCCUGGCAAUGCCGGAGGUCCUGGCGAACAUGAGUUCUUCCGCCGCCUGAUGGCUGCGGUGACCGACAUGCCUGCCGACGUGCGAGCGACGAUCCAGAAUUCGGGUCCUUAUAAUCGCCCCGCGGACAACAAUGUUGACACCCAGCCCUUCCUGGUACCCCUGGAUGCAGCUGUGGGUAGCUACCUUGGAGUCGGGCCCCAUGCAGCCGAAGGCUGCAAUGCUUUGCGAUGCAACGGAGCGGACAAUGAUGGACUGCUUUACUUGCUGCAAAUCCCGCGAACUGGUCUUGGUCUCAUCGGACUGGAGCGAAGGCCAUCAGGCUAG